AUGGUGUUCCAGAAAUCCAAAAGACCAAAAUUCAUACGUACUGUCGGUGAAAGAAGUAGUGUAUUUACUAGAAAUUAUGACAAUUACAAUGGAAAUCAAUACGUUGACAUAAGUCCAAAUGGUAAUCGGAUAGUAACGUUAGACACCACAUCUUGUCAAUUAAAAUUAUAUAAGCAUGAAGAUCUAACAAACGCACAUAAAGUAAUAAAUUAUAAUAAUCGAAAUAUCAAUAUCCCAUUUGGAAAAAAAAGUUGGAGCUUGUCCGUUUCCAAUGAAUUUACUGUGGCCGAUGGAACUGUCGAAACAUUAAUAGCCGUAUCAUGUUUUGGUGAUAAUGAUAUGAAAAUAAAAAAGCUUAAGUUAGAAACACGUCACGAAUUUUCUUCAGUUGAAGAAGCUGGUUUGAACGUAAAUAACCAAGAUAAAUCUUCUACAUUCAUUAUUUCUACCUCACAGAAUUUGAAAAUCUUCACCCCAAUUGAUAAUAAGGGUGGUAUAAUUAAGUUUUUAGAUAAUAAAGUUGAUGAUGAUAUAAUCGAAAUAGUUCUUCUCAACGCGCUCGGAAUUACUAAAGCUUUCAUAAAACUUAAUACGAUUGGAAGUGUAAGCGAUAUUAAGAGAGGUCGUUGGUCCAACCUUUUAUAUCAAGAUAAAUCAGUUGAAAAAUUUUAUUUUCCAAGAAGUUUUUUUAAGGAAUUAAAAAGAUUACCGGAAAAUGAAUCUUGUGCUUAUUUCAUUCGUCAAAGUUUGGUAAAAGACCGAUUUGUUAUAGAUAGUUAUAAAGAUAAGGUACAAUCCAUUGAAACAUUUAAUUUAAAAACGAAUAAGCUGGAAAAUUUCUUUCAAAAACGUGAAGAAACCGUUGCUACAAUUAUAGGCAAAGGUAGUCCUUAUUUUACGAUUUCAAAAAAUGAAACCUUAUUAGCUUAUUGUCGUGGUACAAACAGUAUUACAAUUUUUUUAAUGGAAAAUGGUUUGGAGGUUACCACAAAACAAUUCAAAGAAAAGGAUGUUAUAAGAAUUACCUUUUUUGAUUUCGUUGAAAAUGAUAGUAAAUUAUUGAUUGUUAUUGAGGAAGAAAGAAAUCACAACGAAAUUUGGGAAACUGAAAUUGUACCUGUUAUCGUAAUUUGGGAUCUAUUUAGUAGCUCUAAUGAUUGUGUUAGAAAAAUUGAUGAUACAUCCUCAUUAUUCUCCUUAGAAAACGAUUGUCCUCAAAGAGUGGCUACCGUUUCCGGAAAAUUCAUAAGAAUCAAUGAAGAUGGAAUGAUCUUUUCGGCAUUUGAAAAUACAAAUAUAGUUAAUUUAUUGAAUCCUAAUAAUAUUAAUACGAGAAAUGUAAUUAACUUAACUUCACCUGAAAAAUCUAAUAUCAUUACUGGCACUUCUUCAUCAACGGACAUCACAUCUCCUUCCUUAACAGAUUAUCAUUUAAUUUAUGAUCUUCUUGGAAAUCGUAUAGAACAUGAAAUUUAUAAAAUGAUCGUUGACGAUCCUGAACCUUGGGUACAAAACAAGUAUUACCAUCGUAUCUCGAUUUAUCUUGAUUCGAGUAAAACUACUCAGUUAAUUGUUGGAGAAUCCACCGUUCAAGUUUGGCGCAAAAAGAAAGAGCUUGCCACUGAUACUUCAUCUAAAAGAAUUCUAGAGUAUAUUUGGACAAACCCUUUUAACGAAAUGCAUAGACAGAUGCAAAUUCAAUCUUUGGAAGUUGCUUAUAGGGAAUUCUCUUUAAUAGUAUUUAUUCCUUCCGGAGUUUCUCCUAAUCAACCUGGACAACAAGUUAUAAUUGAAUGGCCUGAUAAAGUUAAUGUUCCGGUAGACGUAUGCAAAGCAUUGAAAUUUCUUGAUCAGCAAAGUAAUACACUUUCAGGUCCAAAGAAACAACAUAUUUUUGAAAAUAUGGUGCAACAAACUGAAAAUAUCAUCAAGAAAUAUUUAGUCGGAAAUAGUGGAUUAUGGAGAAUGUUGGAUAUUCGUUAUGAGAUUAUGGCCCAUCUUAUUCGAGGUAAUCGUGUUUCCAUUAUCAGAGAUAUUUUAUCUUUUGAAACUAAAAAUGGAAAGAAUAAACAUUUACAUAUUCCAAGACUUUAUUCCUGGAAUGGGCAAGCCAAAGAGACAGAUCUUGAAAUUGCUAUCAAGUACACGCAGGGAGGUUAUCGUAAAGAUACGGUUAUUGUGAAAUAUUUAUUAGAUUAUUAUUCCGAUAAUGCCACAAAAAAUUCGAAUUGGAUGUUUACAGUAUCCAAAGCAAUUCCCCUUCUUUAUGAAUAUAGAUUAGAAUAUUAUGUUAAGGAAUUAUUUCAGAAGCCUUGCUUUGGAUCUAACGAAAUUUACUUGGAUAGAACGGAUAUUAAUAUUGAAGAUAUAAUUAGCAGUGAUCACAAGAAUGUCCAUGCUAUAAAUAUAGAUACAAGUCUCACCAAGAGAAAUGAAGAUAAUCAAGUUUACAUGGUUCCGCUCCCAGAUUUUACUGUAUAUCCUGAUGGGAUCCAUGAUAAACAAAGAGGAUUCUGGUCACUUCCUAUUGUCCUCUUAACAUUAUUGUUUUGGCCACGUAAUCAUAUAAUAGAAGAAGAAGAUAAAUUGAGUCCAUUUUUGCGAAUGAUAAGGAAUGAUUACACCACGGACGUUUAUGAUAAUCCGUCAAUAGCCGCAGUAAUUGAUUUCAAAUGGAACGCGGCAAGAACAUAUUUCGUAAGACAAGCAUUGACUUAUCUUGUAUUUGGAAUAACAUAUACUGUUUUAACAAAUUCGAUUGAUGGAAUUGGCAAGCCUGAAGGAUCUAAAUCUGUCCUUGUUCUUGUAGUUAUAUUUUAUUGGUUAGGAUUUUAUUUAUUGAACACCGAAAGAGUUCAAUUAAAAUAUGUAGGGUGGAGAAGAUAUUUUAGCGUUUACAAUUUUUUUGAUUUAUUUUCGGUCAUAUUGCCAUUCACGGUAGCUUCUAUACAAGUUUAUUAUGGUAUCUCAGCUUAUAUCAGAACCGAAGCUCAUUCCAUGUCUAGUUAUUUUAAUCUGGAUGAUAAAGUUUUCACAAUUUUUAAUUCAUUUACGAUUCUAACAAUGUGGAUAGAAAUUUUUUUGUUAUUACGAUACUUUGAGAAAACUGGAGCUUACAUAUAUAUUGUUAUGAAUAUCUUACAAAACAUAACAUCCUUCUUGAUCUUUAUCUUGUUGGUCAUCCUCGGAUUUGGUCAUACUAUGUUUGUUUUACUUAACAAUACAGAUCGAAUCGGCAUCACACCUAACGGUAACUCCUUCAAAUUCUAUGAUGAAAAUGGAGAUCUUGAACCGGGAUAUUCUAAUUUGGUGAUAAAUCAAGAAUUUGACGUGACUAGUACAUCAGAUAAUUAUUUCACCAAUUUUUUCAAGUCCAUCGAAUCAGUUUACUUUUGGACUAGCGGUCGUUGGGAUCAAUUAGAUCAAUGGAAUUUCUGGCCAGUAGAUGUUUUUUCUAUCAUUGCUAGUAUCCUUCUUGUUACGAUUUUACAAAAUAUGUUGAUUGCAAUCAUGGCUGGAGCGUACGAUCAGGCAAAAGAAAUUAGUAAGCAUGCAGUGCUGAAAUACCGAGCGGAAUUGAUCGCAGAUUAUGAAACAUUUGAUAAACCAUUGGGAAAUAGAAAAGGGGAUCCUCGAUAUAUUUUUUACAUUGGAAAAACCGCUUAUAUUGAGAAAUGGAUAGAAAGAUCCGAACAAUAUAGAGAAAGUUAUAGGAAUUUCUUGGAAGAAAUCGAUGGUGGUAAUCCAUGGUCCUAUGAAGAUAACGAUGAUCUAGAUCGUUUUCAAACGCGUCAUCAACAUUCUAAUUCUUAUAACUAUUCCUUUAGUAUACAUGAUGAAGAUCUUAAUUCCCAAGAACAUAUCGUUCCAUUAUGUUUAUAUUGGUUUGUGGAUGAAGAUGAUGAUGAGAUAUUAUUGAAACAACCAGAUGUUAAAAUGUUAUAUUGUAAAAUUCAGUCCAUGGAACAAGAUGUGUCUGAAAAGUUACGUUUAAUAGAAGAAAAUGUUAAAAAAUUAAGUUCAUUGCAAAAUGAAAAAUAA